AUGUCAACGCGUUUGCUGGAGGUGGGACAUGUAGAAGUGCAUCUCGCCGUUACAGCGAAAGAGGGGGGUCCAGUUUCCACGGUGUUUGCCGGCACACCGGUACUCCAGUGCAGACAGCAACGAAACGACUCUGAGACCACAUGCACAUCGCAUCAAACUUUUUCGUUCUCGCUCCUCCCGGAGGAGUUGUUGGAGGUCUUCCAGCCCCAGGGUGGCACCUUCCUCUUGCAGCCGUUAAAUUGGGAAGAGGAGCAUAAGGAGCCUUCAAGGUCAGCUUCCAAAGACAAGGCUGCUAAGGAGCUGAGUAAAUUCCAGCACGGCGCCCUGGGCAAGCUCAAUGACUCCCUUUCAGCUCAGCGUGGAGUGGCCGCUCGGCACACAGCCUUGUAUAACCCUACACACACCCCAAGCUCUUCUUAG